AUGUCAUGUAAUAAUAAUAAUAAUAUUUGUAAUUGUGACAACACUGGCCUUGAUUAUUAUGGAAUAUUAUCGUUGAACAGAAAUUCUAAUGACCUUGACAUAAAAAAAGCAUUUAGAAGAUUAGCUAUAAGUCAUCAUCCGAAAGCUAAAGGGAAUAAUGGUUGCUUUGAAGGAUUUAGUUUGAUAGCUGAAGCAUACGAUGUGCUUUCGGAUCCAUUGAAAAGGGCGGUGUACGAUCAGUACGGUGAGGAAGGUUUGAAACAUGGUGUUCCGGGUCCUAAUGGGUUUAUCGAACCUUACGUUUAUCAUGGAGAACCUAUGAAAACUUAUAGAGAAUUUUUUGCUACCGAAAAUCCAUACGCCGAUCUUUUGGAUCAUUUAACAAGGCCACAAACGUUACUCGAAUUCUCAGAAGGUCGUGGAAUAAAAAUAAAGGAUCAACCAGUGAUAAAUAAAUUACAAUUAUCAUUGCAAGAGGUAUAUUUUGGUGGUACGAAAAAAAUGAAAAUACAAAGAUUGGUAUUCGUUGAUUGUACAAAGAUGAAAACCGAAAUUAAAGAAGACAUUUUGACGAUACCAAUUAAACCUGGUAUAUUAACGGGAACAAAAAUGAUUUACCCAGAAAUGGGUGAUCAAAGUUCAACGAAAAUAUCUGCUGAUAUCAUUUUCAUUGUCGAGGAUCGACCUCACGAAACGUUUCAAAGGAAACAUUCGGAUUUACAUAUGAUUGUUAAUGUUUUUUUAAAAGAAGCACUUACGGGAAUAACAAUUACCGUUAAUACCAUCGAUGAUAGAAUAUUUAGAGUACCAAUAACUUCUAUUAUCACGCCAGAUUAUCGCAAGAUUAUCAAAGGGGAAGGAUUACCUUUACCGGACAAUCCAAAGGAAAAGGGAAAUCUAAUAUUAAAUUUUCAUGUAGAAUUUCCUAUUUAUUUGUCGAUUAUUAGUAAGGAUUAUGUUCACAAAGCGUUUGAAUUACUAAUAACCAGCGAUACGAUAGAAAAUACCGAAUAUCUUCAUCGUUAUGGUGUUCAACGUUAUAAAAUGUGGAACAUGUUAUAAUAUUUUAA